UCUCUUUCUGGGUUAUGAACAGGAGUUAAUUGGAUUUCUUUUAGUUGUAUGCAUCGUGUCACUGCCGGAAAAUCUUCAUGUCUGGUUCAGAGUCCGAGCGCAGGCACCAGCCAUUCAAGAGCAACAUGGAGUGGAAUAGAAAUAGCGCAAACAGAAGAAAUACUAACUGGAAAUCCGCAACCUGGGGCAACUGUGAUAUCUCCACAGCUCGCCUCCAAUCUGCAGCUCAAAUUGAGAGAUGGCUAAACGAUCAAGAUCCAACUCUCACAACCCAUCUCAUUUCUUAUCUCAGUUCAGAUGAAGGCCUCCAUGCUCUCUCACAGAUUGUAGAUAACCACUCUCUAUCCUUUGAUAUUGUACUCAAGUUAGCUAAGCUCGUGACGAGAGAUGACAUGAGGGGUAGUUUACAGAAACACGAUACAAAUAGAAUUUAUGGGGCGUUUGUGGGGUCUGCGUUUCUUGCGCAGAUUCAAGCCCAUGUUGCAAACAUAGUCCAACCCAAGGCGAAGGAUAUAUGGCCAUUUCUUCAUCUUUACCAUGAGUUGCAGAGCCGAACUGAAGAUGGGUGGAAGUUUGCUGGAGUGGAGGCUCUUAAAGAAGCAUUGGAUGGGCUUCGUGAUGAUGAUGAGAAGCGUGAAAUCUGUUCUGAGUUUUUGAAGCUUAUGGAAUAUCGAGAUAGAUUGAAACGGCUUCAAUUUCUUGCAAAGUCGGAAGAGGCUUCUCAGGAAUCUAUUAGAACGUGUGCUAUAAUACCAAGGGAGGUGGAAAUAGCUUGCCCUCGUCCCAAGAAAGUACCGAUUAAUCGGGUCUGUGAGAGUUAUAAUAGCGUGGUCGAAUAUCUGUCAACACAGUUUCAUUUGAUCCGUGAAGAUUGCUUUGCAUCACUAAGGCGCGCUAUUCAGGAUUUCCGCAUGGAUUUAAUCCCAAGCAACAUAAGAAGGUAUAAAAAAGUAAAACUCUUGCGAUUACAGGUGGGGAAUGAGGGUGUGGAGCAUUGCAUAUCAUUUAAAAUCUCUAAGAAGGUGGUUAACUGGAGUUUACUAAAACGACUGCUGUUUGGUUCACUGCUCUGCAUGUCCUGUGAUGGAUUCAUUACCUAUUUAUGGGGAAUUGUCAAGGAACAACAUGAAAAUGGAAUUCUUGUUUUGAAGCUCAUUCAAAGCAACGAAGGGGGGCCUGUGGAUUUACAAAUUGACAAAACAUAUGAAAUGAUUGAGUCCUCUGCAGCCUAUUUUGAAGCCUAUCACCAUGUUUUGAAAUGUCUUCAAAGGCCUGAAAUGGAAGAGCUUCCUUUCACGGAGCAUUUGUUGUCAUUGCAACCCCAUGUCUUGGAACCUUAUUAUGUGCAACGCAGGAAACAUAAGGAUGCCUAUGAUUUCCACUGUGCAUUUCCAAACAUCAGUAGAUGCUUGGGAACGGCUACUGUUCCAAUUUUGAGAGAAGUAUGGCCUCAGUGGGAUUGUAGCCUCGAUGAGAGCCAGAUGGAAGCUGUGAAACAGGGCAUCACAAAAAGGUUGGCUCUUAUUCAGGGCCCUCCUGGUACUGGGAAAACCUACGUUGGCUUGAAGAUUGCUACCAUUCUGCUUUCUAAUGUGAAGCGGGGUCCUAUACUGGUGAUCUGUUAUACAAACCAUGCACUGGAUCAAUUUCUUGAAUCCAUUUUCUCCAUUGAACCGAAUAUAGUUCGACUUGGAAGUAGGUCUUCUAAUGAAAUUAUGCAGAAACGAACCUUGAAGGAGCUCAAACGUAAAAUUAUCAUUCCCCCAUGGCUUUACUCCAGGCAAAGAGAACUUGUGCACACUAGAAACAACUUGCAGCAGAAGAUUCAACGCUGUUCGGGCCUUAUGAACCAACAACAUGUCUCCAAGAGAUUGCCGAGGGACAUGUCCUUAGAGCAGUGCAUUCGGUCCCUUGAUCCUAAUGAUGAAAUAUGUCACAACCUACAAAAACUGUUGUUAGAAGAGAUUGCAGAGCAAGCUGAGCAGAGGAGAAGCCAGAGUAAAGGGAAGCAAAAGGUUGUGGAAACCAUGGCUCUGACCACAUGCAAUACAUUCUCUUCACUUGCAGACGAGCCCGAGGAGCCCUCUGAAUCUGUUGAACAUGCUAGUGAUAACUUCUGUACUGUGGAAGAAUGUAGAGAUAAUGCUAAUGCUGAGGAGGGUUUAAUUGCAACAGAUGAAUAUGCUACUAGUAGUACUGAGAAGGCAUUGGCAGCAGAUGAAGAUGCUACUGCUAGUGCUGCGGGGGUAAUGCCAGCAGAUGAAUGUUCCAAAGAAGUUUUCUUGGACGAAAUUUUAUGUUCCAAGGAUGAGUGGAGUUUACCUGAAAAUUCAAGAAAGAAGCUUCUUCGAUACUGGUUAGACCAAAUUCGGGAAAAAGCCAAGGAGGAAUUUCAGCAUUUAACGGAGGCUUAUAAGAAUGUAUGUAGUCAGCUCCAACAGGUGGAUAAUGAGAUCUCUGUCCAUAUUUUAAGAAAAGCCAAUGUGAUAGGUAUGACAACCACUGCAGCUGCUAAAACUUAUGACAUUCUUCAGGCCCUGAGAGCAGAAAUAGUUAUAAUAGAAGAGGCUGCUGAGGUUUUAGAGGCAAGCAUUUUGCCAUGUAUUGGAUCCUUCACCAAACAUCUCAUUCUGUUGGGAGAUCACUUGCAAUUACGUCCUUCUGUUGCAGAGUAUGAAUUAGCUACCAAGCACAAGCUGGAGAUAUCUCUCUUUGAGCGAUUGAUAAAGGGUGGGGUGGAGCAUGUGGCUCUUCGAUGUCAAAGAAGAAUGAGGCCUUCAAUCUCUGUAUUGAUAUCAGACCUCUAUCCCUCCUUGCAAGAUCAUGACAGCGUUAAAAUUUUUGAGAAUAUUAAAGGCAUUCAAACCAAUGCCUUUUUCUUGGAUCAUAAAGCUAUGGAGUCUGAGACAAGUGAGGCCAGCAGCAAGGUAAAUUUGAAGGAAGCCUUACUGAUUGUGGAAUUUUGCCUUUAUCUUCUAAGACAAGGUUAUGAAAACAGCGACAUAACAAUUCUGACUAUGUAUAACGGUCAGAUGAGUGAGAUUCAGAAAAAUCUCAAGCAGCGAAUUCUUAGUCGGACUAAACUAGAGAGGAUGGACUCUCAAACAAUGAAGACUCCUAGAGUUAGCUCCGUGGAUGAUUAUCAGGGAGAGGAAUGCAAAAUUAUCAUAUUAUCUCUUGUAAGGAGCAACAAAAUAAUUGGGGUGGGAGGAUCGAAGGGAAAUAUUGGGUUUCUGAAAGUUUCAAACAGAGUGUGUGUGGCUUUGUCAAGAGCUAAAAUGGGGUUAUACAUCUUUGGAAACGCAGAGCUUUUAGCCUCUAAAAGCUCUCUAUGGGAAUCGGUUAUUCAGAAACUGGGGAGUGCUAACUCCAUUGGACCUGCACUUUCACUGGCCUGUCAAAACCAUCCAGAAACAGAAACAAAAGUUUCAAAAGCUGAAGAUUUCAGGUUAGUACAAGAUGGAGGUUGUAGCAGGCCCUGUGAAUAUCAGUUGAAGUGUGGCCAUGCCUGCCCAUGGAGGUGUCACCCCUCAAAGCACGAUAUAAUAAUUUGCCCCAAGCCUUGUCCUAACAAAUUUGAGAACGCAUGCGAUCAUCAGUGCACAGAGAUUUGCCACUUCCCUGAAGAUUGCCCUCCAUGCAGGGUGCCAGUACCCAAAGUUAUUCCUAAAUGUGGCCAUCAAUUGGUUCUCCAUUGCUCUAGUCCUGUCGAGGAUGCCCUCUGCAUUCAGCCAUGUGAAGUUAGAUUUGAUUGUGGUCAUCUAUGCUCGUCAAAAUGUGGACGCCCCUGUCCACCGUGCAUGGAGUUAUUAGUGAAGGAUUUGCCUUGUGGCCAUAAGGCAACUAUGCAUUGCUCUGAAAACCCAGCUACCUUCUCCUGUAAAGAACCUUGUAGUAACGUUCUAAGCCCCGGUUGUGAGCAUAUAUGCAGAGGGACUUGUGGGGCAUGUAAGCAAGGCACUUCUCACAUUCCCUGCAAAGAAAGAUGCUCCAGGGAUCUGCCCUGUGGUCACCAAUGCAUGGCUAGCUGUUCAGAAAUAUGUCCACCGUGCAUGCAUCCUUGCGAGAAAUGGUGCUUACACAGUCGUUGUACACACCCAUGUGGAAAAUUAUGCAUUCUCUGCAGGGAAAAAUGCGAAUGGAAUUGCCAACACUAUACUUGUGAUCAUCUCUGCUAUGAAACCUGCUCAAGACCUCCAUGUGACGAGCCAUGCCAGGAAAUUCUAAGCUGUGGGCACACAUGUAUAGGCUUUUGUGGGGAACCUUGCCCCAACCUUUGCAGGGUUUGCCAUCCUAAUCAUGUCGAUGUCAUUACGCACAUUACUUUGCAGGAAUAUAAAUCCUCAGAUAGAUUCGUCCAGCUUAUAGACUGUGGGCAUGGAUUUGAAGUAAGCGGACUUGAUGCAUGGAUGGAUAUGGACGACAGAGUCCUUGAAGCUGAGCUUGGCGCAGUUUCUGUUAAGCUAAAACAAUGUCCUGAAUGUAGAACGCCUAUCAGAAGAUCAUUGCGAUACUCAAACAUUGUGAAGGUGAGACUGCAGCAGAUUGAAGAAGUCAGGAAGAUAGUUCUAGGAUUUGAAAAACUCAAGGAAGGAAACAAAAUGUUGAAGGAAAAAUCUUGUCAGGAAGGAAACAAUAUGUUGAAGGAAAAAUCUUAUCAGCAAGGAAACAAAACGUUUAAGGGAGAAUCUUAUCACAAAGCAAUUGAACAGUUCACUAAAGCAUUCCAGCACAAUCCACGGUUGCUUGAAGCUCGUCUGGGUAUGGCUAGAGCUUAUUGUGGAUUAAAGAAUUAUAAGGUGGCCACAGAGCAGCUUUCCUUCAUUUUGGAAUGCAGUUCCUAUAAAGCUGUGAUCCAAGAGAAGCUUCCAAAACUAAUCACAAGAUAUGCUUCCAUUAUCAAUAAUCUCAAUUUCAAUGACAGCAAUGAACAAAGUGCUGAAGCUGAAAAUGAUUUAGCAAUUGAGUCACUGUUGCAGUUGGUGUUAGUUUGCUGUUCUUGGCAAGAUGACUAUAAAACAGGGUUGGAAAUUUGCGAAAUUAUUCUGGAGAAAAAUCCUGGUCAUUUAAAAACUGAAGAAGUGAAAAGAAAUCUGGAGAGUGGAUAACUGUUGGAGGAAGAGAUCAUGGAUGUUAUGACAAAGGAGUUGGGAGGAAGAGGGGACUGGUAUAAAUGCCCAAACGGUCAUUUCUAUGUUGUGGGGGAAUGCGGUGGGCCAAUGCAAAACUCAAAAUGCCCAGAUUGCAAAGCUGUGGUUGGAGGAAAGCCUGCUGAGGGAAAUAGUGAUGUUGACAUCGAUGGCAGUUCUGAUCUUGCCUCGAGCAAUGACACCGGCCUUGCUGGUCUUGACGACCUUCUUUAGUACUGGUUAAGUCGGGUCUUCAAAGCAGCUAUACAACUAAAAUGCAGUUUGCAUUGGGUUUAUUACUGGUAUGAUUUUCUGAAGUCGGAAGUUAAUUGAGGAUUUUGAAUAGACAAUCAUGGAUCCCUCGACUAAGAAAUAUGACCGUUACAAAUUUUCACUUUUGUUUUUAGCCAUAAAAUUUAUGACUCUAUGAACAAAUACACAGGUUUAUCAAGCAGUUGUUUUUAGCUCUGAUUGUGUAUUCUCACUUUUAGAUUCGAUGAAAUUAA